UUUUUACUCGUCGGGUGUAAGACGCCAUUUUAUAAUAAACCGAAAGAACGAUAAAUGCAAUGUAUUCCAGCUGUUGUUUGUAACGUGUUUUAGCCCGGAGAAUUUAAACAUAUACAUAGGAAAGGAUACGUAAUGGCGGAAUAUUUGGCAUCUAUAUUUGGUACUGAAAAAGACAAAGUAAACUGUUCAUUUUAUUUUAAAAUUGGAGCUUGCCGUCACGGUGACAGGUGUUCACGAAUUCACAAUAAACCUACUUUUAGUCAGACAUGUUUGUUACAAAAUCUUUAUGUAAAUCCUCAAAAUUCUGCAAAAAGUGCAGAUGGUUCUCAUUUAGUGGCAAACGUAUCAGAUGAAGAAAUGCAAGAACACUACGAUAAUUUUUUUGAAGAUGUGUUUGUGGAAUGUGAGGAUAAGUAUGGUGAGAUUGAAGAAAUGAAUGUUUGUGACAACCUUGGUGAUCACUUAGUCGGUAAUGUGUACAUCAAGUUCCGAAGAGAGGAAGAUGCUGAAAGAGCUGUUAACGAUUUAAAUAAUCGAUGGUUCGGAGGAAGACCAGUUUAUGCUGAACUCUCUCCUGUAACCGACUUUAGAGAAGCUUGUUGUCGUCAAUAUGAAAUGGGUGAAUGCACACGUUCAGGAUUUUGUAAUUUUAUGCACUUAAAACCUAUUUCACGCGAACUGCGACGCUACUUGUAUAGCCGUAAAAAAGGUGGUAAAGGUCGAUCUAGAUCUCGAUCAAGAUCACGUGGUCGUGACCGGAAACGUAGAUCUCGAUCGAGAGACAGAAGAUCGAGAUCGAAGGAUCGUCGAAAGGGAAGAGACGACAAAGGUAGAGACGGCCGAUCUGGAAGAUACUAAUAAACUUGAAAACCAGAAUAUCUACAAUCAAGGAGCGUAAUACGCUAUAAAACAACUUGAAUUUUGAAAAAAGAAAAAAAAUUAAACUUACUCAUUUUUCUUUUUUUUUUAACAAUUGUAACUUUGUUACAUCAUGCAGUUACUUUCUAUAUAUGUUCUUACUUCAUAAAUGUAUUAUUUAAUAAAUUUGUAAGACAAUAGAAAAGAAUACAAUAAGAAAGUUGUAAAAUUUAAUGCAUAAAGUUAUUUUUUUGAAGAUUAGGAAGAUCAGUAUUAUUUCUUAAGACAAAAACUGGCUAUUACUAUUUAGGCGUUUUUGCCUAGAUUUUUGCACUAAAUAUUGAGUCUAUGUAUCAAUAAAAAUACGUCUAUGUACACAUAGUUAAAAAUAUACCGUUUAAAUGAAAAA